AUCUACAGCUGCUCUUUCCUCUGUAAUCAUCAUGGUCUAUACCUUAACUUUUCGAAAAUUAUCGUGAAAGAAUAUUUAAUAGUUUCAAGGAAGACACCAAACUCAGACAAACACCUCGGCACCAUGAAGUAUGAUCUACAGGAAGAGGCCAGAACUAUGUCGCCUCUUGCCAGUAAAGAAACAUAUUUUGAUCACAAGGACAACACUGAUGGUUCUUUAGUAAACACUACUCAGACCCUGAGGAACACCAAUGUCGUCUCCGAGUGCUUGGACAUUCUCCGAGAUCCACCUGAAGGACACUCUCAACAAAAUUUGGUUUCUGAUCUCACCAAGCCCACUGUAGCCACUCAGUUGUUUGCAGCACUGGUGGUAGCACUGGUACAGACAAACGUCAGCAUCAUCAUGGGCUUCUCCGGGGUCACGUUGCCUCAGCUCACCAACCAACACUCCGAGGACCUCAUCCUUAACUCUACCGAGGCAGCGCUCUUUGGUAGCUUAGCGAGCCUUGGUAGUGGGAUUGGGUGUUUGGUGAGCAGACCCUUGCUGGUGAGACUGGGUCAUCGGCUCACCCUGACAGUGACUCUGCCCAUCACAGUGUCCUCCUGGCUGGCACUCUCCUUCUCCCCCAACGUCUGGGUGCUCCUCACUGCCCGCGUCCUCCUAGGCGUCACUACUGGGUUCAUGUUAACCUCUGGUGGACCAUACAUUCUGGAGAUCGCUCAUAAGAAUAUUCGUGGAAGACUCUUCGGAAUUACCAUACUAGUUAGACAAAUGUGGUUUUUUUUCGUUGCUGCUCUUGGGAGUUCGGCGCUCGACUGGCGACAAAUGGGGUUCGUGUCGUGUGGAGUGUCUGCGAUUCCCUUCCCUGCUCUCUUCUUGUUGCCAAACUCUCCUCGUUGGCUCGUUACUCAAGGUCAGGUCACUGAAGCUCAGAAAGCUCUUAUUUUCUUCAGAGGUAAACACUAUGACUCUGAGCCAGAGCUGAAAGCCAUCACAGAACAAGUUGAAAAUUCAAGCAAAUUAAACAAUAGUUUUUGGCAACAAUUACAGUUGAUUUUUGAACCCUCUACACUUGCUAUGUUUUGUUUAUUGGCGUUUUUAUCUCUUUUGACGUCCUUUAACGGAAAUAUCGUGAUGGUAACAUACUUGGUGCCCAUUUUUGAGGCUGCGAAGACCGACGUGGAUGCUUACACGUGUGCUAUGAUAUUUAGUGCCGUCAAAGUUAUUGGGUCUUUAUUGUUGCUCUGUGUAGUUGACCAUCUGGGACGUAAACCCUUGAUUAUAGUUUCAUAUUCUUUGGGUACUGUGUGCAUGGCAGUUUACGGUGGCUACUUCUACAUGUUGACGACAGGCAGUGCUAGCAACAUGAGCUGGCUUCCACUUACUGCAGCAGUGAUCUACGUCUUCUGUAUUUCUGCGGGCCACCCAGUGUUCCCAGUUUUAAGAGGAGAAUUGAUCCCCACCUCUUGUCGAUCUCUUACAUAUUCAGUUAUUACGUCAUUAGUACAGCUGGGAUUAUUUCUGUCGACCCAGUUUUACCCAAUGACUGUAGAGGCCCUUGGUGAACACGGGGCGUUCUGGUUCUUCAGCGGCGUGUGUGCUACAGUCACCAUCGUCAGUGCUGUUGCCUUACCGGAGACUCGGGGACGCUCCCUUGAAGAGAUCACUUAACUGUGUGUCACGUGGACCAAACUAUAACAAUGUGAAGGAGCUCUCGUCUCUUAAUACUGAAGCCAAGUGACCCAGGACACACAUAAGUGAUAAACCGUUCAAGAGCAUUGUUAUGUUAAUGUUAAUUAAUUAAAUUAUUAAUGUUCCUUCCCACCUCAGAUAUAAUUAUCACCUUAAAACAUUUAUUGUACUUCUUUUGCCUGACUCGGCUAAGAUAAAAGUUACUGUUUUUCAGAUGGUUUUAUACUCCUGCUCACUACCAAACACCACAGGUAGUAGGCAGCUAUCAAACAGGGAGGUACUAGGAAGAUAU